AUACUGGGGCUCAGAUUUUGAAAAAGAAGAAGGUACAAGUACUCUCUCCCUCUCUCUCUCCCUCUCCCUCUCUCUCGUCCACACACACACAACAACUACUGUUCUUGCUUCUUAUCUGCAGGGCUCGAGAUUUGCAGUUUGUUUACUUUGUUUUACCGCUGCUAUGUUACUACUACUUUUGUUAUCUGGGCUGCUAUUGUUUUGCUUGUUUUUAUCUUAUUCCUUUCCCAUUUCUACUGCUAAUAUUUACCGAAUAAUUAUUUAGGCCAUUUUUUUAUUAUGACAAAGUGGUUGCCCUGAAUUUAUCAAUAAUAAUGCUUUGUAGUUAGUUGGUAGUUGCCAUAAAUUUAUGAUCAUUCAACUUGUAGGGAAUGGUAUAACAGUCUUUAAGAGAAUUGCUUUAGGCAUUUAGUUUUUUGCUUUUUCAUUUCACUGUACUGGAGUUGGGAUUUUAGGGUAUGAGAAUUUAUGGCUUGAAGCCGCUUCGCUAGGAGUAGUUCCCUUUAAACUUUGUUCUAGGUAUUCGGAAUGUGUUUGAGGUCAUUUUAUGCUUUCAUUUAACCUCGGUAUGAAAGACGUGAUGGAUAAGCCGUUUCCUGCGUGGUCGUGGUCUGUUGAGGAAUGUUUGAAAGAAUACAAAGUAAAGAUUGACAAGGGUUUGAGUACUUAUGACGUUGACAAGCUGCGUGAGACGUAUGGAUGGAACGAGCUGAGGAAAGAAAAAGGGAAGCCCUUGUGGCAGCUGGUUUUGCAGCAAUUUGAUGAUAUGCUUGUAAAGAUUUUACUUGUUGCAGCCUUGAUCUCUUUCAUUUUGGCGUAUUUGCACGGGAAAGAAACUGGGAAUAAUGGAGUGCAAGCCUAUGUUGAACCUCUCGUGAUCAUCUUGAUCUUGGUCCUUAAUGCCAUUGUUGGAGUCUGGCAAGAGAAUAAAGCUGAGAAAGCUCUUGAGGCUUUAAAGGAGAUGCAAUGUGACUCUUGUAAAGUUUUAAGGGAUAGGUACUUAGUGCCCGAUUUACCCGCUAGAGAGCUUGUUCCUGGGGAUAUUGUUGAAUUGCAUGUGGGUGACAAAGUUCCAGCAGACAUGAGAGUUGCGGUUUUGAAAACUUCGACCUUAAGAGCUGAGCAGAGCUCCUUGACUGGGGAAGCUAUGCCUGUCCUGAAAGGAACCAAUACUGCACUCAUGGUUGACUGUGAAUUACAGGCCAAAGAAAAUAUGCUUUUUGCUGGAACAACAGUUGUUAAUGGAAGCUGCAUCUGCAUUACUGUGAACACAGGGAUGCUUACUGAAAUUGGCAAGAUACAGACACAAAUUUAUGAAGCUUCUCUGGAAGAGGGUGAUACUCCUUUGAAGAAGAAGCUUGAUGAGUUUGGGAAUAGGCUUACAACUGCUAUCGGUUUUGUUUGUCUUGCGGUAUGGGUUAUCAACUAUAAAUAUUUUCUCUAUUGGGAUUUAAUUAAUGGAUGGCCAACAAAUAUUCGAUUUUCUUUUGAGAAGUGCACAUAUUAUUUUAAAAUAGCAGUUGCCCUUGCAGUAGCUGCUAUACCAGAAGGACUUCCUGCUGUUAUUACAACUUGCUUAGCUUUAGGUACACGAAAAAUGGCACAGAAAAAUGCAAUUGUUAGAAAGCUACCAAGUGUGGAGACCUUAGGAUGUACAACUGUAAUCUGUUCUGAUAAAACAGGGACACUGACAACGAAUCAGAUGUCGGUGAUGGAAUUUAUUGUAUUAGGACUGAACAGCACCGCUUGUCAGAUAUUCCAUGUUAAUGGCACAACUUAUGAUCCUAAGGAUGGAGGAAUUGUCGACUGGAAAUGCUACAAUAUGGAUGCUAACUUGCAAUCCAUGGCGAAGAUAUGUGCUGUCUGCAAUGAUGCUGGUGUUUUUUGCAAUGGCCGUCUUUUUCAUACGACAGGUUUACCUACUGAGGCAGCUCUUAAGGUCUUGGUUGAAAAGAUGGGUGUUCCAGAUAUUAAAGCAAGGAACAGAAUCCGUGAUUCUAAGAUUACGGCUAAUUAUCUUAUUGACCAUGAGGCUGUGAAGUUAGGCUGUUGUGAAUGGUGGACAAAAAGGUCAAAGAGAGUUGCCACACUUGAGUUUGAUCGCGCUCGCAAAUCGAUGAGUGUUAUUGCCAGGGAGUCAACAGGACAUAACCGCCUUCUUGUUAAGGGUGCUGUUGAGAGUUUACUAGAGCGCAGUUCACACGUGCAACUUGCAGAUGGAUCUGUUGUUCUGCUGGAUGAACCUUGUAGGCAACUAUUGCAGUUUAGACAAUUGGAGAUGAGUUCAAAAGGAUUGCGAUGCUUGGGUAUGGCUUAUAAAGAUGAGUUGGGUGAGUUUUCGGACUACUAUGCUGAAACUCAUCCUGCUCAUAAGAAGUUGCUGGAUCCAGCUUGUUACACUUCAAUUGAAAGUGAUUUGGUUUUUGUUGGGAUGGUUGGUAUACGGGACCCUCCUCGUGAUGAAGUUCAUAAAGCAAUUGAUGAUUGUAGAGAAGCUGGGAUUAAAGUUAUGGUGAUAACUGGUGAUAAUAAGACCACUGCUGAAGCCAUCUGUAGGGAAAUUCGAUUGUUUUCUGAUGGAGACGAUCUUAAAAGGAUAAGCUUUACUGGUAAAGAGUUCAUGGCACUGUCUGCUUCUCAACAAAGAGAAAUACUAUCAAGUUCCGGGGCAAAGGUUUUCUCUCGUGCUGAACCUAAACACAAGCAGGAAAUUGUUAGAAUUUUAAAAGAGAUGGGUGAUGUUGUUGCUAUGACUGGGGAUGGUGUCAAUGAUGCACCUGCACUGAAACUUGCUGAUAUUGGAAUUGCCAUGGGCAUUACUGGAACGGAGGUUGCAAAAGAAGCUUCAGAUAUGGUUCUGGCUGAUGAUAAUUUCAGUACCAUUGUUUCAGCUGUUGCUGAGGGGCGUUCAAUCUAUGACAACAUGAAAGCUUUCAUCAGAUACAUGAUAUCAUCAAAUAUUGGGGAAGUUAUAUCAAUCUUUUUGACUGCUGCGCUGGGGAUACCUGAGUGCUUAAUACCUGUGCAGCUCUUGUGGGUUAAUUUAGUCACUGAUGGACCUCCUGCAACAGCUCUUGGAUUUAAUCCCGCGGAUGUUAAUAUUAUGCGAAAACCACCACGGAAAAGCAAUGAUGCACUCAUAAACUCUUGGGUUCUCUUCCGUUAUUUGGUAGUAGGUUCUUAUGUUGGCAUUGCUACUGUUGGCAUUUUCAUUUUGUGGUACACCAGACCAUCAUUUCUGGGAAUAAAUCUUGUGGGUGAUGGGCACACACUUGUUGAGCUAUCACAACUUCGCAACUGGGGAGAGUGUCACUCAUGGUCGAAUUUCACUGUUACUCCUUUUACGCUUAGUGAUGGCCGCUUGAUUACUUUCUCUGAUCCAUGUGAUUACUUCUCUACUGGGAAAAUGAAGGCAAUGACUUUAUCACUCUCUGUACUGGUGGCCAUAGAAAUGUUUAACUCUCUAAAUGCCCUUUCUGAAGACAACAGUUUGAUAACCAUGCCACCAUGGAGAAACCAUUGGCUGCUAAUUGCCAUGUCUAUCUCAUUUGGGCUGCAUUGCUUAAUAUUAUAUGUUCCCUUCUUGGCAGAUGUGUUUGGUAUUGUUCCGUUGAGUCUACAUGAGUGGCGUCUGGUUAUAUUGGUAUCAGCACCUGUGAUUCUUAUUGAUGAACUGUUGAAGUUUGUGGGACGUAAUAGAAAAUGGAUAGCCAAAGUAAAGAAAGCAUGAAGCCUGAAACCUGGGUGUUUGAAUAGCUAGGAGGAAACUGUUACUGCUAUUUGUAUGUAGUUUUUUUAGUUGGUUACUUUUGGAUAAAUUAUUUAUGAGGGUUUUUUCCCCUCCCAAUUGGGGCUUUACCUUCACCUCAUAUGUGUGCAUGGUUUACGGGAUUCAUAACGACUUUGUAUUAUACACUACUAUAAGAUAUUAUGACACAUUUCUG